AUGAACAAGCAAAGCCUCCUUAACGCACUCGUUGGCAUCCUCAAUUCGACCUCUAUUCUUCGCACGGGGGUUCAAGAGCCCAGUACUAGUGACAGCACGAGUCUCCAUGCGACGCCAACAAACGUGACACUGAGUGCCACUGGGGUGUCAAACUGUACUCAGGCCUGCGCGCUAGGCGGGCUGGUUUGUGUUGUGGCCCUUCCUCAUGAAGCGAACUUUUGUGGUAGUACCAAUCAGCAUGGCCGUUCUACCCUCAUGGCUCCGUUCCCAAGAUCCGCAGAGGGAGGGGUUGUUGCAAAUGGAAGGAUCACUGUACUGAAACCAGGGAGUAAGAAGAGUGAAGCUGAGCACGAGCCCCAGAGCGAUAGGAGAGUUGGCUCUGGCCAGCCCAAGUCUCGUGCCCCCCUUCCCGUGAUCCCCUACUACCCUGACCCAAUCAGAAGGGGAAAUGGUACCGCGUGGGCUCUUCAAGCACGCGACACCAGUCUUGGAGGUCAACCUAAAGCAACAGCUUCCUUCAGUCCCAAUUCCCAGUCCCGUCGAUCAUCCAGCUACUUGUAA